GCUCUUCCUUGCUCUUCAAGCCUCUUUGCUCUGUCUUCUCGCAUUCUCUCUUGUUCAUCUCUUUCAACAAUGGCCUCUCAAAUUGAUGUUGCCCAGAAUGCUCGAGCCAUUAUACCUGCCAAUCUAUCUAAGGAUUUGGUCGCCAUUCGCAACCCGCUUGGACUGCCUCAAAAUGCCGCUCUAGAAUCUUCGACUUCCCUUAGGCUCCUCGCCUCUCUUCGGUUCCAAGCCGUGUCUCACUGUCUUAAAGCCCUCACUCUAGUUACAAGCUGGCACUAUUCUCUUGAAGCUGCUGAUCCUGAUUGUUUUUACGGAGUUAAUUUCCAAGAAAAAACUUCAUCUGCCUACAAUGUCGAUGGAUGGGUCUAUGAGUUUCCAGGCAACCACUCAAUGAUCCAUAAUGCAGAGCUGCUAGGGUGGGCUUUUUGUAUACCAGGUUUUCAUCCCUGUUGGCUAGUUCAAGAAGAUAAGACCGCUGAAAAAACCUCCAUUGUUUUCUCAAAAACGAUGGGUUUUCUUUUCCUGCGAGAAUCCACAACAUGCUUCAUACUCCAUCGACUUCUUUGCAAGUUCGAAUGAAUGGAGGUUUAGAAGCAUUUCUUACCCAGCAUGCUUACCGGGUUCAUUUCUCUGUCACUUGCAAUUUUGUGAAUCAGUAAUUGGGUGAAUGAUUUCCUUCUUAUUGCGGUUAUGGUUGUGUCCUGUCAGUGUUUUGUAGUUGCUGUCUUUUUUUUUUCCCUUGUAUAUUUUUAGUGUUGUAUGGGAUGUCAGGGAUUUUAUCAUAUUAUUAUGUCGUUUUCCAUUACAUAAAGAUGACGCUAUUGACUUGCACACACACACACAAUAUGAAAUACAAUACAUGAAAACGAACAAAUUAAUUAAUAAAUACGACAAACUUAUCAUAAACUGUAAUGCGACUAGGUAAAACAUAGAUGCUCGAUAUACACUUGCGUACAAAGAUAACAAAUGAUAUGCAAAAUGUUACAUCAAGUUCUCUCCUCCUUUCACAGUCGACCUCGUGCUAGUUUAUUGGAUAACCUUACUGGCUCCGGCGGCGACACCGCAUGCAUGAACUCAGGGUCUCUUCCCAUAGUUUCUAAUAUUUCAUAGGACAUGCAAAGCUCAAUGUCAAAGCUACCUUCUUCUGCUCCGGCAUCGGCCACCAGGUCCCAAUCAUGCAUAAAAGCAGGGCCACGGCGAAUUGCUGCCGGUCUUCCCCAGCCGAAGUCGAUGGCGUAAAAGUUGAUUCUUGUGCUGCUGCCACAAUUCAUAACCUUCCCAAUUAUGCCACUCUGUAAACGCACCAUGGGAUUUGGGAUCAAAGCUUCAAAGUCCAUCUUGAUCUUCUGCUCUGUGUAUUCCGAGAUCUUCUUGUUCAUCUCCAAAGCAAAUUUUCCAAGUCCUCUAUCACCCACCAGGUCUCUUACUUUCAUCAUCACGCUAGCAAAUUGCACUGUGUUUCCGAAAUAGCUUUCGGGAAUUGGUGGGUUUGAAAUUCUGGACCUAGCAGAUACAAGGAAUCUGAAAGCGACUUCUUCUUCGGGAUCAAGAUUCUGAUUUUUUAUCACAGAUCUCCAAAUAUGGCUGACGACAGCUUGCAGAGAGGAGAUUUCAUUGCUGACCACACCAUCGUCUACCACCUCUGAUAGAGCUUUUGCUUUGAGUUCAGCAAUUUUUUGUCUUUUAAAGUGGAAGAUCCUCUUCGAAAUUGGAGGUGAAAGAUGAGAAUAAGCAGAUUCAUCAAGAUAAUAUUCCUUCAUUAUUUGUUUGAAUCGUAUUCGUAUGGGGCGUUCAAUAUCAGCACGUGGAAACCAACGUUCAAAUGAUGCAAGCUUCAAAUCCGACCCUAAGUGGUUCAAACGAUUUCGGCUAAUCUCAGCCCAAGUGUUCAAGAAAUUCCAGUAUGGCUUCACUUCAACAAGACAAUGGUUCAUCGAGCAAGCGAUGAAGAUGCCGUCCACAAGCUCCGUAACUUGAACCGCCAUUAAUGGGAUAUGAGUUGCUUCGAAGUUUUUCGAUUUGCCAAGUGGGAAGAAGGACUCGACGAUCGGAGGAACAUAAGUUGGUUCGAGGAUGUCGGCCGUUGUAGUGUUCUCUGCAAUUGCAUGAACAAAGCUUGCUCCAGCGUUGUUGCAAGUGAUGAAGACUGAAGAGAUGCCAUCAUUGUCGGCGUCGGGGACAAUAGCAAGACGGCCGGCGAGCGGCAAGAAGAAGUUGAGGGUGGCAGAAAGAGAGCCCUUAAGGUGCUGGAUCACUUUGUCUGUGUGAUACGAAGAAGAAGAAGAAGAAGAAGAAGAAGAUGAUGAUGAUAAUAUGGUGGGUUUGUGGAAAAGAAGGCCCUUUUGACCAUACUCGAGAACUAUGAAACGAAGAUCCCAUGGAUUAAGCUCAAUUCGUGCAGGUGAAUCGCCAUUCAUAUAAACAUGGCUUCGUGCUUGGAUUGUAGUAUUGGAGAUCACUCUGGUCGCUGCCAUGGGAGAAUUUGAGUGUUUUUCUGCAAUUGCUAGCUGUCAUUAAUUAAUAACGUACUACAGAAGUAAACCAUAUUCUCUUUUAUUCUGAUCUACUCUUAAAAGAUGAUUUAAUGUUACGUAUCA